AUUAAAGUACUCCAGUAAAGAGUGACGAGAAAAUAAUAACAACAAUAUUAAAGUAGUCCAGUAAAGAGUGACGAGAAAAACAAUUACUCACCAUUCCAAAGUUAGCGUUAGCAUGUUAGCAUGUGGUCGCCGUCUGUAACAGAAGACGAGAGGACGUUCUUUCAUUUUUAAUGGCGUGUGCACUGAGACGCGGUUAGUCACAGACAACACCAGCAACCAAACACGACACACAUUGUUCACCAGUAACUUCAUUUUUAAGAAAGUGGUCGCAAAGUCUCCGCAAAGUUCAACGCCUUAGCGUUGAUAAUUGUGUCUUUUUCCUUCUUUCUUUUGCCGUCCUUAAGUGACCUUUUGAGGUAAGCUCGGACGAGAUUGUGUUACUUCCCGCCUACUUUGUGCUCGUGUGUUAUUUAUGACUGGGGGCGGGGGAGACGCACGAAAACGGGAGUGACAGAAGAAAAGAGGAAGAAAGUCGGAGGAUCAUGGAGGAGGUGGUCGCCAAGAGACGGCCAAUAAUCUCAGCCAAGGAGAGAGGACCGGGUCCGGGACGCUACGCGCUACCGCCGACCGUGGGCUACAUCAACCAUGACGUCACCAAGCCCAGCAGCCCCGCCUACACCUUCCACAGCCGCUUGAGCAGCGCCAUGGUCUCUGUGGAUUCCAGUCCGGGACCAAGGUACCACGUUGGCGCCAAUGUGACGCGAUUUGGCAGAAUGGACACGCCCUCCUACUCCAUGUUGGGGCGGGGCAGGCGCAUUAGCUCAAAAGGUAAUGACUUCCAGACUCCGGGGCCGGGGGCUUACAGCCCUGAGAGGGCUCCGCCUAUAAACGCUCAACGAAAACCGCCGGCUUACACGAUCGGCGCUCGGACACGAUAUCGCUCUGUGGAUGCAGUACCAGCACCCAACAGCUACAUGCUUCCCAACCUACUGGGCAGUCAGGUUCCCCACAAGGCGUCGGGCGUCAGCCACAGCAUGUCGGCACGCAGGAAGGUGGGCGCCCCCUCCGAGGACCUGGCCAAGACCCCCGGGCCGAGCAAAUACAAAAUCCCCAACCCGGACGUCUACCUCCAGCGGCAGCCCUCCUUCUCCAUGCAGAGCAGGACUAAAAGACCCACUUACUCCAUGGCCACGCCGGGCCCGGGGUCCUACAGCCCAGAGAGAUCCAACGGGCUUUUUCGCAAGGCACCCUCCUUCACCAUGGGCGUCAGGCACUCCGAGUUCGUCAUGCCGCUCGUCUUGGAAAUUAUCGACUGACUGUGAGUGUGUGAUUGCAAAAAAAGUGUGUGAGAAACCGUACUAUGCAUAUCAUGCUAAAGUUGUUUCUAUAUAUUUCCUAAAAAUGAGACACUACACGAUUUUGUGGCCACACGUGCUACGUAGCACAAACAUUAACGUUAAAGGCCUACUGAAAUGAGAUUUUCUUAUUCAAACGGGGAUAGCAGGUCCAUUCUAUGUGUCAUACUUGAUUAUUUGGCGAUAUUGCCAUAUUUUUGCUGAAAGGAUUUAGUAGAGAACAUCGACGAUAAAGUUCGCAACUUUUGGUCGCUAAUAAAAAAGCCUUGCCUGUACCGGAAGUAGCAGACGAUGUGUGCGUGACGUCACAGGUUGUAGGGCUCCUCACACCCUCACACUGUUUAUAAUCAUGGCCACCAGCAGCAAGAGCGAUUCAGAACGAGGAGCGAGGAUGAAAGAUUAGUGGAUGAGGAAAGUGAGAGUGAAGCACUAGAAGAAAAAAAAGGCAACGGCAGUGGGAGCGAUUCAGAUGUUAUUAGACACAUUUACUAGGAUAAUUCUGGAAAACCUCUUAUCUGCUUAUUGUGUUACUAGUGUUUUAGUGAGAUUAUAAAGUCAUACCUGACAGUCGGAGGGCUGCGUUGACCGCCAGUGUCUCUGAGGGAAGCCAUAGAGGAGCCAAGAAAGUCGCAGCUGCCUCUUUGACAGCUGCAAAAUAAAGCAAGCUUUGCGCACGUCUCCGUUAAGAGCCGACUUAUUACCACAAUUUCCUCACCGAAACCUGCCGGUUGACAUGUGGAAGAGAAACAUGUUCGCUUGACCGCUCUGUUCCAUAUUAAAUCUUCACAACAAACAAAGAAACACCGGCUGUGUUUAUGUUGCUAAAGGCAGCUGCAAUACACCGCCUUCCACCAACAGCAUUCUUCUUUGACGUCUCCAUUAUUAAUUGAACAAAUUGCAAAUGAUUCAGCAACACAGAUGUCCAAAAUACUGUGUAAUUAUGCGAUUAAAUCGGACGACUUUUAGCCGUGAGUGGUGCUGGGAUAAAAUGUCCGCUCCAACCAAUAACGUCACAAACACGCGUCAACAUCAAUCCGCGACGUUUUCAACAGGACGCUUGGCGGGAAAUUUAAAAUUGCAAUUUAGUAAACUAAACCGAUUGUAUUGGCAUGUGUUGCAAUGUUUAUAUUUCAUCAUUGAUACACAAACUAUCAAGUAAUAGUGGGUUUCAGUAGGCCUUUAAUUACCCCAGUCCGCGCCUUUUUUUAAGGUUAUUAGAUACAUUCACGAAAAAUGCAAAGUCAUGCUAACGCUGUUUGUGCUACAUGAGUUUACAAACAGCAUCACUCGCCACAAACGUCUUUAGCCUCGAUUGAAUCUCCAGGAGUGUUGAUUCCUGAUGUUUUUAACAAAAUAAACUAAGUCCAUCCAACGUUGUGAUAUGAUAUGUUUGAAAAGGUUUGGCCUGACUUUUGUCACGUUAAACUGUCGACUUCCGAAAAGCAAGUCCUUCAACCAGCCUGCGAUUUUAAUCUUCAACAUAGUUCGUAUGAGGUCUUGUCCUUAUUACUAGCACACCUAUUAACGCGAUUAACACAUGUCAAGUCACGCUUUUUUUACAUUUCCCAAAAUAUACUAACAUCAUAACAUUUAUUAAAUGUUGAAAAUCCAUUUUGGUCGGGCUAAUGCUAGUAGCGUAACAACCAGGAAGUAGCCGCUAACUAACAAACAAACUAUGACUGAGGUGUCACUGUGCGUCAAACCUAAUACAUUUUUAAACGUUAUAUUUGAAAAUUUUAACGCAUACAUUAUGUAAUGACAUUCAAAAGUUGUGAAAUCAUGCUAACUGUUAUGAUCCGAUGGCCGGCUCAUUCCAUAUUCGUGUUUUGUUCAAUUUUUGUAUCAUAUUCUGUUGUUUGACGUCCUUAGUUCCUGUUUUAGUCUGUUUCCAUAGCAACGUAUUAUUUUCACCUGCCGUGGUUUCCAGACGCACACCUGUUUUGCUAAUCACCAUCCUUAUAUAAGCCAGCCCUUUCUGUUCAUUCAUUCUCGGAUUCUAAUUUGCUUUCACGCAACAGAUGACGACUUGCUUUCCAUGGCUAUACUCGCUAGGUCUCGCGCUGCGUUUUUGUUUAUUCCUAGCUCUCAUGCUAAUUGUUUUGUUUUCCCUUUUCGUGCCUGUGUGCAAAGUGUUAGUGUGUCUGUUUAUUUCCCUAGCUCCCAUGCUAGCUCCUUUUUUUUUUGCCUUUUCUUCUUAGCUCCAGUGUUUUUGUUGUAGCCUGUUUUAUUAGUUUAAUAAAUACUUAUUUCUUACCUUAUGCUCUUUUCUUGCUCGACGCAUCGUCGGAAGAAUGCCACGAAAGUUUUAUGCUAACGUUUUUUUCGUAGCAUACAUUACCGAACACGAUUUUCCAAGAUACAUUAGGCCUAAGUAUUACCACAGACACGUACGGCCCGCCACAUUUACGUUAUUGUAUAAGUUUCCAAAAAUAUUUAUGUUUACAAACAAUUUAAUGUUAAAUUAAUUUUAAAAAUCUGUCAACCUUUCAACCGGGAAGUAGCCACUAACUAACAAACAGAUGGACAAACACAAAAAUACAAAUACUUUUUUUGGUUCACUUUUCGUUAACUUAAGCUGUUUGUUUACAUGCUUUUUUUUUCUCUCUCUUUGUUAUUUGGGGUUAUUGGACCCUACAUAUUAACGUUUUAUUCAGCACUUUCUUUUGCUACUUCAAGGCUUGAAUGUUUGAUUCAUUCAUCAUUGUUAUUUUAUUUUCAAAUGCAUUAAUAGCCUGUGGAAAAAGUUUAUUUUGAUAUUUACCUCAGAAGGCUGCAGAUGGAAAAGAGGCAUUCAAUUUGUAUUUACAUUUUAUUUGAUAUGCCAUUGAUAUUUUUUAAUUAUUAUUAUUUGAAACUCGAUUUUGCAUGUCACUAUAAAGUUAUAUAAGCCUUGCUUGUUCAAUAUUAAGUGCAAAACCUGUUUGGGUCCCUAUUAAAAGGUUAAUUUGUUCAACCUUGGCCCGCGGCUUUGUUCAGUUUUAAAAUUUUGGCCCACUC